UCAGUGACUCAAGUUUACUUGUCGAGUAAACAAAUUAUUUAAUAAUACUUAAAAUACUAUCAAUAUAAUUGUUAUUUAAGUGAGUUCGGGAAGUGAAAAUGUGGACGAAAGCCGUGUGUGUUUUUUUCCUGUUGAGUUUAUUGGCAAAAGAAGGAGAAAGUAUUUACUGCUACAGAUGUAACAGUAAUCAUCCAGGAUGUGGAGAUCAAUUAAAUUGGCUUUAUUGGGCUGAAAGUUGUCCCGAGUAUGAUGAUAAAUGCGUGAAAAUCAUCGAAAGAAAAGGAGCUGAAAUAAUAAUCACUCGAGAGUGUCUGAGCUCGGUUCGAGGCUUCCGGACCGAUAUGCCUGCAGAUCGAUACGAAGGUUGUCGUGCUGCCGCCAAAGACGUUAGACUCGGUCAUUACGUGAACAACAGUAUUCACGAGCUCGAUAUCCAUCGAGAUUAUUACGACGAAGUCAAUUGGUGUUUCUGUUACUUCCGUAACAGAUGCAACGGAGCUACCGGAUUAUCCAUUUCCGGAAUUCUCCUCUCGACGAUCGCGAUUUUCUGGUAUUUCACUACGUGAAGAAAAAAAAACGACUGCAAAACAUAUUCUAAAACGCUUCUUGCAACCUUCAUUCAUACUCUUCGGCGUAUGUAAAUAAUUGUACAAACGAGAUAUUUUACUGCCCAUUUCAAUUUUAAAUACAAUUGAAAAAUAGCUUGUGUCAAAAAAAAAAGCAGGGUGGCUGCUGGAACGAAUUUUUUUUUUUUUUAACUGAGAAA